CAGGAGGAGUCCGUAGUGGUCCUGGGCCGCGUCCUGCUGCUGCUGGCCUUCCUCGGCCUGUGCGUUGCUUACUGGCUGGUUGACCGCAAGUUCUUCACCGUCGUCGCCUGCUUCGGGCUGUCGGUCGUGAUCCUGAGCUUUGUGUCGUGGCAGAUGGAGCGUCGGAGGCAGCGCCACCUGCGGGAAUUCGCCACCCGGUGGCCGGUGCGGCAGGAGGGCGACUGCACCCCCGCGCAGACGAGCGCCGUGGCGGCGUCGUGGACCGCGGCGGCGCCCUGGACGCCGCUCGGGGAGCAGGGCAUGGCCGUGACGCCGCCAGAGCCGGCGACCGGAGGACCGCCGCCUCCGGCCUCCUGGGGGGCCCGCGUGCUGGCGGGGCUGGCGAAAGGC